UGGGCACCGGACCUGAGGACGACAAUCGUGACAUCGCUUCCCCUCACUCUCUCUAGCCGAUAAAAGGGGAGAAAGUAGCCGAGAAUCCCGUGGAUCCUUAGCCUCAUAUCCCUCUCCCUCUCCCUCUUCCUCUUCUUCUUUCCGAAAGAGAGGUGGUGGCGGUGGUGACGAUGGAGGACGAUCAGAUGACAACGAGGGAGAGGUUGUUGGGGAAGGAGACCCUGUCGUCAAGCGACGGCGGUGGGAUCUCGCUGGUGGCGGUCGCGCAAGAGGUGAAGCGGCAAGGCGUCAUAGCGCUGCCCAUGGUGCUCGUCAACAUGUUCCAGUUCCUGCUGCAAGUCAUCUCUCUCAUGAUGGUCGGCCACCUCGGCCGCCUCUCCCUCUCCAGCGCUUCCAUCGCUGCAUCCCUCUGCAGCGUCACCGGCUUCACCAUCCUUCUCGGAAUGGCAAGCGCAUUGGAGACAUUAUGUGGUCAGGCAUAUGGAGCAGAACAGUACCAUAAGGUAGGAGUGUAUACACAAAGAGCCAUAGUCUCCCUUCUGUUCGUGUGUAUACCUCUGUCUCUUUUCUGGAGUUUUCUUGGGAAGCUUCUCCUCUGGAUAGCACAAGACCCUGCUAUUGCUCAUGAAGCAGGAAGAUUUGCUGUUUGGUUGAUCCCUGGAUUGUUUGCUGCCGCACUUCUUCAGCCACUGGUGAAAUUUCUGCAGUCACAGACCUUAGUCCUUCCCUUGCUCUUUGGUGCUAUUGUGACUCUUUGCUUCCAUAUUCCUGUGUGUUGGCUUCUUGUUUUCAAAACUGGACUGGGACACAUCGGAGCUGCUAUUUCUGUUAGUCUCUCAUAUUGGUUGAAUGUAAUUAUUUUGGCCUUAUAUGUAAAAUUUUCACCUUCCUGUGAACGAACAUUUGUGCCACUUUCCGUGGAGGCAUUUGUCGGGAUACGUGAUUUUCUUGGACUUGCAUUUCCUUCUGCCGUAAUGAUAUGUCUGGAGUACUGGUCGUUUGAACUUCUCAUAUUGCUUUCUGGACUUCUGCCCAAUCCUGAGCUGGAAACUUCAGUGCUUGCAAUCUGCCUCAACACCUUAUAUUUGCUUUAUUCUAUACCUUAUGGUCUUGGUGCUGCUGCAAGCACGCGUGUGUCCAAUGAAUUGGGAGCUGGAUGUCCAAGGGCCGCAAAGUUGGCAGUGUUUGUAGUGGUUCUUCUUGCACUAAUAGAUAUUUUAGUUGUGAGUAUCUCUCUCUUUUCCAUAAGGUAUCAGUUGGGACAUGCGUACAGCAGUGAGAAGGAAGUGAUCGAAUAUGUUGUGAAAAUGGCACCUUUGCUUUCUCUGUCAACAUGCAUGGAUGGUCUGCAAGGAGUGCUCUCAGGUGUUGCAAGAGGAUGUGGAUGGCAGCAUCUUGGCGCAUAUGUGAACCUCAGUGCAUUUUAUCUAGUGGGGAUUCCCAUUGCUAUCAUCUUAGGCUUCUUCUUUCAGUUGGGUGGAAGAGGACUAUGGAUUGGUGUAUAUUGUGGGGCUACUGUGCAAACAAUUCUAUUGUCUCUCAUAGCAGGGUUUACAGAUUGGCAGCACCAGGCUGACAAAGCAAGGGACAGAGUAUUUGACGAUCCUAAAGUUCAUAAUGGUGUAUGAGGAUAACUGGGAUUAUAGUUUUCACUCUUGACAUGAUCUGAUGGAAGGUGCAAUUCAAGUUUGAUCUGAAGAUGGUUGACUAACGUUGGUGUGUGCCUGUGCAUGCCUCCAUGUGCACGUGCCAGAGAGAGAGACUAUAAUCUCAUCUGCUUCACUUUGUUCAGUUUUGCAUAAGAGUAAAUACAAAAGUUUUGUAAUAUAA